AUGGCGUCCUCCUUAGCAACAACAGCGGCGGCAGCUGGGUGGUUGUGCAGAAACCCUUCCCUCUCUUCGCCACAAAAACCCCCCAAUAAUCCUCCUCCCAAAUCUCCGUCUCAAGUUUUCUUCUCCCCCUCCUCCUCCUCCUCCGGACCCAGAUGGGUCUCCCAAAGAUGGGCAACUAAAGCCUCGUCUUCGUCGUCCAGUGGCCUGUACUCAGCCAAGCAAUUCCAACUGACGCCUCAGAAUGUGGACCUCGUUCUGGAGGACGUUCGGCCCUACCUCAUCGCCGACGGUGGAAACGUUGACGUCGUCUCGGUCGAGGACGGUGUGAUCUCGCUCAAACUCCAAGGGGCGUGUGGAAGCUGCCCUAGCUCAACGACGACCAUGAAGAUGGGGAUUGAGCGUGUACUGAAGGAAAAAUUUGGAGAUGCAGUUAAGGAUAUUCGCCAGGUAUAUGAUGAUGAACAAGUUAGCGAGACAACGGUUGAGGCAGUGAACGGGCAUCUGGACAUAUUAAGACCAGCCAUUAAGAACUUUGGUGGGAGCGUGCAAGUAUUGUCGAUAGGGGGUGGUGGAGAUUGCUUUGUAAAGUACGAGGGACCCGAGUCUAUAGGGUCAGGAAUCAAAGCAGCAAUCAAGGAGAGGUUUCCAGACAUUACCAAUGUUGUCUUUACUUGAUUACAAGUGCUGCAAGCAAGCAAAUAUCACAGGAUUUUGCCCAUCAUAAAUAUGGGCUUCAGCAUUCGUGGUGGUGAACAGAAGCCAUAUGGUCAAGAGAGAGAGGGAGAGAGAGAGAGAGAGUUUAUAUAAGCACUUGUACUUUGCACUAAUAAUAGAUCAUAUCCAUCCAACAGAUGCGGAGCAACAUAUUUCAUGGUAUC